AGAAUUAAACGUAAUUGAUUUUUGUAAAUAAAUAUUUGCCGGAGGAGUUCAAUCACGAGUCGAAGAAAACAAUGACGUACUCAAAACAAGGGCCAAAGUGAAACAAAGUGAUUUAAUAAAUAAACAUAAAAAUGGCGUACAUCAGCAAAGUUUUGGAUAAAACAGUUAAAUAUUUUUUAGUUUUUAUUAUAGUAUACGAGUUAGUAACUGUAGAUUUAUCAAAGGCAAGUCAUCUUUCUAUCAAUCCAUCUUUGCUGCAAAGGAAUAAUGGCAACCGUGAAAAGUUUCACAUUAAAAUUAACGAUAACGAGGAGUACGAUUCUCCAUCAAAAAAUUAUAUUGCAAAUAGUUUUCGUCGUUUUAUACGAAGUGCAGGAAUUGCGUCUCCUCAAAGCACUCCAUUUUCAUUCAAUGAUAAUCAUUACAUUGCUAAAGUUCAUUGGUCAGGAAGCAAUAGUUCAGCAAUUCUAAUUCUUAUGACUGAUCCUGAUUUUAUGCUAAGCAGUUUAAGACCAAGUUUUUUUUAUAUCUCACGAGAUUAUGGUAAAACUUUUGAAAAUAUAACAAAAGAUCUUAUUCUUCCUAAUGGAACACAAGCUGUUGUGACUGAUUUUUUUUCAAGCAGUGCUGAUAAUAAAAAGUAUAUAUUGAUAUCCAAAUUCCAUCAAUAUAUUUUUCAGUCAGAUGACGAGUUUAUUUCGUAUCAACGAGUUUCUGUGCCUUUUAUACCGAUGGAAAUAAAAUAUCAUCCUAGGUUUGCAUAUAAUGUUUUAGCUUAUGAAAAAAAUGAGGGCAAUAAAAUGUUGUACUCAUCAUCUAAUAAUGGAAAAAGCUGGUCAUAUAAAUCUUCCAGAGUUGUUGAUUAUUACUGGAGUUAUGCUCCACCUUAUGACAUGGAUACAUAUAUUUAUUAUCUUAAGGAAAGAUAUUAUGAUAGUGGUGGCGUGGUUCUAAAAUCUCGCAUUUGGGGUUAUUAUUCCACUGUUGUUAUAUCUAAUGUUGUUGAAUUUAAACUAAUUGAUCAAUACAUGUUUGUUGUAAAAAAUGGAACAGACUCAAUGCAUAAAAUAAUGCAGGUGUCAGUCAAUAGAGGUGGUUUCCAAAAUGCAUCUUUUCCCAUUCAGAAUGCGUCUAGCUAUAUUAUUGCAGAUGCAUCCGAGAACGAAACUAUGGUUGCUAUAUCACAUGGAAAUUCAGCAAAUUUAUACAUUUCUGGUAGAGAUGGAACUAAAUUUAGUUUGUCAAUGACAAAUAUAGUAUAUUAUAAUGAUGAUGAUGGUAAAAAAAGCUAUCUUGAGCAUGACUUUGUGGAAUUGUACAGACUGGAAGGGAUUUCUGGAAUUUACAUUGUUACUAAGUUAGUUGGUGAAGAAGUUGGACAAAGGCAUCUUCAGUCAUAUAUAACAUUUGAUAAGGGUGGAGAGUGGUCACUUAUUAAGGCUCCAAGUAAUUUGGAAAAAUGUCCUACGGAUGGUUGCUCUCUCCACAUCUCACAAGAGUUUGCUUUUCAUAAUCCCUUUACACGAUUUACACCUCCUUAUUCAAAAAAAUCUGCUCCUGGUUUUAUCAUUGCUACUGGAAAUGUUGGUGAGAGUUUGAAAUCAUCUCCAUCUGUUUACUUUUCAAGAGAUGCCGGUAUUAGUUGGAAGAAGAUUUUUGAUGGUCAUUAUUAUUAUGCUUUUGUGGAUCAUGGUGGUGUGAUUGCAUGCGUUGAAAAGUUUGGAACAACAAAUAUUCUUCAAUACAGCUAUGAUGAAGGGAACACAUGGAAUGUUUAUACUUUUUAUCAAACACCAUUAAGAAUUUAUGGUUUACUCACAGAACCUGGAGAAAAAACAACAGUGUUUACUCUGUUUGGAUCAUUACCAGAAAGCCAUUCAUGGAUUAUUAUACAAGUUGACAUGAAAUUAGUUUUGGGUGAUGAAUGUAAGAAAAGUGACUAUAAAAUUUGGGAGGCGAGUGACUUACGUAAUAAUACUGAACACUGUCUACUUGGUAAAAAACAAUUAUAUGAGCGUCGUGAUCCUAACUCAAGGUGUUAUAAUGGGCAUAACUAUGAUCGCAUAAUAUCUUCUGAUUCGUGUAUUUGUACAAGAGAUGACUUUGACUGUGAUUUUGGGUUCAAACUAGAAUGGAGAGGAUGGAAUGAGAUCUGUGUACCUGAUGGAGAUUUUUCUAAUCAAGGAACUCCAUCCUGGUGUCAGCCAGGAAAGUUCUAUAAUUUUUCGUCUGGUUAUCGCAAAGUUCCUGGUGAUGAGUGUAUUGGUGGUGUUGAAGAUCAAUACAGACCUAAACUUUAUGCAUGUCCUAUAAAAAGAGUAACUGAAUAUUUGUUUUACACAACAAGAAAUCGUAUUUACCGCUAUGAUUUCCUUACAAAAGAGUCAAUUGAGUUUGAUUUAAAUGAAAUGCAAAAUGUUGUAUCAUUGGAGGUUGAUUAUCAGUCAAAUAUUCUUUUUUAUGCCGAUAUCACUCUUGAUAGAAUUGUUGCUUUAAACAUGAAUACAGGCAAUGUCUCUACACUUCUACAGUUGAAUAACUCUCGUGUUCAUAUUGAAGCGCUUUCAUAUGAUUGGAUGAAUGGAAAUCUUUAUUAUUGUGAUGCAGGGUUUGCAGAAAUAGGAAUAAUCAACUUACAAGGAAAACAUAAAAAAAUUCUUGUUAAUAAUGCUGUUUUAGAUAAACCAAGGGCUUUGAUGUUGCAUCCUAAAAAAGGAAUAAUGUUUUGGACAGAUUGGGGGCGUAAUCCUCAAAUUGGAUCUGCAAAUAUGGAUGGUUCAAACCCCAUCUCAAUUAUAAUAGAUGAUAUUAAAUGGCCAAAUGGCCUUGCUAUUGAUUAUGAUGAAAACAGAUUGUAUUGGGCUGAUGCUAAUACCGAUAAGAUUGAAUCAUCUGACUUAGAUGGAAAGAACCGAAAAGUUAUAACAACAGAAGUUUUACAUCCUUAUUCAAUCACAAUUUUUAAAAAUUACGUUUUUUGGGAUGACUGGGUUAAACGCUCUAUUUUAAAAAUAGAUAAAAAAAAUUCUGCAAAUCCAGAAAUUAUUAUCCAAUCGGUUUUUAAUGGAAUGGAUGUGAAAGCUUUCUGGCCAGAAAAACAAACCAAGGAUACUAGCCCAUGUGAUCAUACCACUUGUAAAUUCUUUUGUUUACCUAUUGGUAUUUAUCCAUUCUAUCGAUGUACCUGUCCUGGUAAUCUCAUUGACAAUGGAAAUGAUAAUUGCACAUGUCCUGGUUCUGAGAUCUAUGAAAAUGGAGAAUGCAAAGCAAGAACAACUUGUACAGAUAAUCAGUUUAAAUGUAAAAAUGGAAACUGCAUUCCAAUAAGUUGGAAAUGUGAUAAAGAUAAUGAUUGCUCUGAUGGAUCAGAUGAAGAUAAAUCUAUCUGUGGUACUGUAGAAUGCAGUGGUGACCGAUUUUUGUGUGAUGGGCGUUGUUUAUUAAAUUCAUGGCGUUGUGAUGGAGAAAAUGAUUGUAUUGAUGGCAGCGAUGAAAAAUCUUGCAGUACUAAUAACUGCACCGAAGAUGGGAAACACUUUUUGUGCCCAAACAAGCGAUGUAUACCUAUCUAUUGGCUUUGUGAUAGAGAUAAUGAUUGUUCUGAUGGUUCUGAUGAAUCAUCUGAAAGAUGCUCAUUCACUACUCAGACACCAUCUACUCAACCUAAAGUUUGUCAAUCAAAUCAACUUCAUUGCACAAAUGGUAAUUGCGUAUCUUUUUAUUCAAGAUGCAAUGGGAUAGAUGACUGUGGAGAUAACUCUGAUGAGCUUAGUUGUACAAUUAGUACCUGGCAGCCACCAAUAGUACCACUUAAAUGUGAAGUUGGAUAUGCUUAUUGUGCUGACCGUUCUGCGUGUUAUGAAAAAAAUACAAGAUGUGACGGAAUGUAUGAUUGCAAAGAUGGUUCUGAUGAAUUUAAUUGCAAAACAUGGAUGACAACUUCGGCUCCUUGUUCUGGUUACAAAUGCAAUUCUGGCGAAUGCAUUCCACAAAAUAAAGUUUGUGAUAAAAAAAUAGAUUGUUCUUCUGGAGAAGAUGAAGCUAAGAGUGUUUGCAAAGAUACUUCAGUUGACACUUGCUACCCUGCACCUUUUAGUUUUAACUGCACUAUAAACGACGGCAAUUGCUACCCUCAACAUAAAAAGUGUGACAAAGUUGUGGAUUGUGGUGAUGCUUCUGAUGAAGAUCCUAAAGUUUGCAAAGUCACCGACAGGGUAUCAAAUCUAGACUACAAGAUUGAUAAAACCUCUAUUACUUUAAAAUGGGAGCAUGCUGAAGUUGGUCUUAAAGAUAUUGAUGGAUAUAGAAUUGUGUAUUUAGAUGAGUAUGGUAAAAUAACAACGAUAAGUACUGAUGUUGUUACAAGUUACAAUGUAACAAAUCUUCAUUCUUGCAGAUACUAUCUUUUUGCUGUAGCAGUAGCUCAUAAAAAAGUUAAGGAGAGUAACUGGUUAUAUACAUCAACUGAUGUCUUAAAAACUGAAGGCAUUGAAGCGCCAAAGGGGGCUUAUGAUAUUAGAAUCUAUUCAUCAUUUAUUUCGUGGUCAGAAGAUUCAGGAAGAUGUUAUCUUGAUUAUGAAAUAUUGUAUAAAAUAUUAAAAUGCGAUAAGCUUGUUGGAGAAAUACAAGUAGACGGAACCAAUAUUAAAAAUAUGGAUAAUCUCUUAAUCAAUAAUGGCGGGAUAUCUAGCUUAACUUACAACUGCUCUAUCCUCAUUGCGUAUGAAAAUGUUUAUGGAAAAGCUUUCAAUGUUACGUCCGAUCCAUUUUUUUACAAAAUGUAUAGUACUGUGAUUGUUCCUUCUAGAAGACAAGGAAAUCAAACUUUCUAUGGUUCAAAGACUAUUAUAUGGGCUAUUCCAGUAGCAUUGGUCCUUAUUGCUCUUCUUUCUGGGUUGAUUGCCAUGGUAUACAAAUACAGACGUUUACAACGCAGCUUUUUGGCAUUUGCAGCACGUGGAAGUUAUGCACACCAAGAUGAAUUUGAUGACGACGAUAAUAUGGCCGUAGGUUUUCGUUCAGGUGAGGACGCUCCCAUGAUCAACCGCUUUUCGGAUGAUGAACCACUUGUUGUCGGUUGAUGUUUUUUCUAUAAAAUAUUCACUUUUGAGUCAUAAGCAUUAGAAUCUUGUUCUCACAAGGUUGUGAAUGUAUAACAUUUUCUAAAUGCACAAACAAACGUUUUUUAAAAUUGUUUAACAAUAAAUUGUUUUGAUUUGUUUAUUUGACAGUUGAAUGACUACAUGUGUAAAUAUUUCUCGUUCUUUUAUAUUAUGAAUUUUCGAUGUUUGAUUUGCAAUCGAUUUUGCAUUCAGUUUUCUACUUUUCUCGAUAUCGAUGUCUUUGUUGAUAUUAUAAAGUUUUUAUCCUAUGUAAAAAUUUAAUUGGUUUUUCUUUUGUAAAUAUUCCCAAUACUACGUCAUUUAUAAUAUUAAAUGAUAUAUUAAAUGUUUGUUUAAUGAUAACAAGUAUAUUAAAACUAGAUUUUUUUUUAUUUAAUGUUUAUUAGAUUUUUAUUUAAUUUAGAGUUUAUUUUGUAUAUUUAAUCGGACGCAAUUUUUUGGAGCGCUUCGGAAAAUUAGUAUUUUUUAAAACGUGCCAUAAUAUGUAAUAUCGUCGUUAUACAAGGGAAAUGUACUUAUUCCAUUUUUGGCAGCAUGAAGUUAUUUAUACCAUUA